ACAGAACGCUCUGCUGCUUUCAUAAUGGUUACUUUCCCCCUUCACAUGCUGAUAACACCAGGGGUGUUUUUUUUUUUCUUUUUCUCCAUCUGAUCUUCACUGUGAGAACCUGGAGGCGUUGGUGGAGCUCAACCUACAAAAGGGUGGGAGUGUCCUCAUUCUGAGUGUCCUAAAAGUUCAUUCACACAUGACCAUUCUGACCCUCAGAGAACUUACGAACAGAAGCUCUGGUCUUUCUACCUCCACGUUGAUUCUUGUUGAAGUAUCUAUCAGCUUGUGAGUUUCUACUCUGAAUUUCACCACUGUUCAGCUCUGCCUAUUUACACAUGGAGAACAAUAUGGAGAGAUACUGCAGGAACUGUUAUAUAAUAAACAGUAAUGCACUGAGUUACAUUUCAAGACCUAGAGAAAUGAUUGCUAACAUUUAUGGGCCCUUUGCCCCCGACAUGAAGCUGUGACAGUCUCCUUUCAUUUCAGCCAACCAUCAAAAUCUAUGAGGUGAUCCAUGUCUCUCGGAAUGUGUAAAACACCGACAUUCUCCACAAAGAAGAAGCAGUGAUAUAUAGAAGAUAACGUUUUCUGGGGCAUCUCUUCAGCUCAACUUGGCAUUCUCUAGUGAUGUUGAAUAGCUGUUUUCUGCUUGUACACAACACUAUCCUUUCAGAUCCCAAUCCAAACCACUGCCUGUCCCUUGGUCUUGGGUACUGGCACUGAAUUUCUAUUCAGUUCUACAUAAUUGCAAGAGACACAAUGGAGAAGUGUACAGAAUCUCCACCAAACUUAAAUGCAGAGACUUCCUUUUUGAAAGGAGGCAAUCUGAUUCUGCAGCCACAAGUGCAACAUCCAACUGAUGAUAAUCUUCCUUUAUCAGGGCAAGUUGUACCCGCCCUGAAUACCCCAGUGAUGUCUGGUCCUUACUCAGGUAACCAUCUUCCUCAGUUUCAUGGUAACCCAGCCAGUGUCAAAGGUUUUUUUGCUCAGGUGACCACCUAUUUGAAGGCUCUGAAUAUUUCUAAUCCUGCAGAUGAUGCCCGAGUCAAGCACUUUUUUGACUACCUGUCGCAGCAGAUGCCAAAUUGUGAUUUCCUAUCUGAGACAACUCAGAGUAAUCUAUUGAAACAAUAUGAGAACUUUGUUCUUGAGCUACAACAACCAUUUGGUGAACCAAUGGCACAAGAAACAACACCUCCAACGAAUGUUAUGGUUGACAAAAGUGACAUCUCUCCACUGGAUGCUACUACUUUUCAAGUUCAUGCUCCAAAUUUGAGUUAUAGUGAGACCCAUCAGAGAGAACAGUUCCAAAAAGAACAAACUGAUCCCACUCAGAAUGAAGAAAUCACAGAUAUAAUGGACAACCUACCAGAUUUGAUCACUCAAUGCAUUCAGCUAGACAAAAAACACAAAGACAGGCCAGAGCUCCUACAGUCAGAAAAUCAUGUUCCAAUGUUUGCUUCCACAAACCAGUAUCAGUCCUUCAUUGGUCCCAUACGUCCACUACCAAAGGAUGGGCCUAAACAGUUGCAGGGAGCCUACCUGCCUGUCACUCCAGCCAAAAGAGCCCGCCAGCAAGAAACUCAGUUAUGUGUCUACUGUAACCAGGCAGGCCACUUCACAAGAGAUUGCCUUGCUAAACGUUCUAGAACUCCAGCAAGGAAAAAAAUGUAGCCAGCUUACUAGUAAGAGGAGGAUAGGAAAUCACUUUGUAAACUCAUACCCUCUCACCAUUGGCCUUAGUGAUUUAUAAACUUUCACAAACUUCAAAAUACAAAUGAGUUGCUGUGGCAUCACAUUAAAAACAGACAAAAACAUUUACAUCCCCAGGAAUUUGAACAACCAGAAUUUGUUGGUUGAAAGACAGCCCCUCCCCAAACUUGUCCUAACAACAAUGAUGAAGAUAAUUAACAGAAACUUCAUGUUGGGACCAAUCAGCUUCAAGAGUUCUAAAAGUUUGCAGACAAGACUCUCUACAAUCUGAGCUUGAAAUGUACUGAGAUUCACAUCUCUACCAAAGGAUGAAAUGAUGAAAUUAUAGUUGAUUCUAUUGGACCAAAUCUCAUAGUUUAUGUGCCUAGGACUGAACCCAAAGCUUUUACCGUCUUCUUUAUUAAUCUAUUUCUUAGUGACUUGUUUGUUCAGGUCUUUUGUUUGCAAUUAUUGUGGCAUCACCAUAUCCAACAAUAUCCUUGUCAUCGGGAGACCAUAAUCUGGAUUCUGUUGUACCUAUUAAUCAGACUUCAGUGCCAACACAUGACAAUCAUAAUGGAACUAAGUCUCUGCCACCCAUUUAUACAGCUACAUAUUUUGUUGCCAUCUGAAGACUUCUGCUUACCCACCAUGCUGAACUUUUUAGCUAUUGGCAAAUCAAAUUGUAUACUGAUUAAGUACUGGCAACUUUCUUUGAGGAAUAGCCUCUCUGGCAGUUAACAUACUUUGAGCCUGCCAAUCCAAGCUUAGCCCUAUCUACACCAAUGUUCCUAUUUUAGGUUUGAAGAUAUACAUGGCUAAGUCUAAUGGUUUAGGAUAAUGACCAAGUAAGGCAUUUAAAGACAUUUGUUUAAGGUAUCCUAUCAUAGUUACUGUAACAGCAGCAUGUUCUUGCUGCCUGAACAAAGACCAAACUCAACUAAGGACUGACUUUCCAGCCUGCAGUAGUUCGUGAUUUCCUAGGCCUCACUAUAUCAAAUCACUGCCAGUUGCUACCAAGCUAUACUCCUAUGGACCACCUUUGGCUAUCAUCUAAUUGAGGACCUUGGAAAGCAAUGGGAUGACCUAGAACUUUUGGAAACAACUCAUCUAAAAAAUCCUGUGCACAUACAUUAACACCAUCUGUGCACAAAACUCAAGAACUGGGGUGUUCUUUUGCUUGUCUUGUACUCUUGGCACACAUCAGCUCUAUGUAUAAAUAGAUGAUGUAGGUGAUGCUUCUACAAAAAAUGGAAUGAUGUGCUAGAAAGGCACAACUUCUUAGACAUGCUAACAUCUACUGUUGCUCAAUAUUUGUUGGUAAUUACCAGUUCUUUGUUCAUUGCUUCUUGGUGCUGGUGUAUUUCCCCAUAGUGGAUUACCUGAAAUUAGUCAUUGCAUAUUCCUUAAUAGCCACUCAGAACAUGAAGUGCCAUUGCACUUUGGUCUUGUUUCUUGAGAAUUGUGCUUAGUUUUCAAUACUUAAACCCGGCCUUACUGCUCUCAUCUUGUAGCACCAAGAAAUAUAUCUUCAUCCAUCAGUGCCUCACUAACCACUGUGCCAAUCCCUACUUACAUUCACAAGCAGUUUGUUCCUUUGUCAGUAACUUGCUAUAUAUUCACAGUACUUCAUAAAUGACCAUAAUAAGGAGAUAUGAAUGCAUACAUUUUGAUUGUGCUAAGAAAUCUCCUCUCCAUUACUGGGAUUGUAUGAGAAACUUUAUCAAGUAGAGUUAUUUAAAUGUUGAAUGAGUCUAAGAUUUUCAGAAAGAUUUCUCAUCUAUCUCUUCUAAUUCUAUAAUAAAGGACUAAUCCAAAUGAACU